AGAAAGAAAUAGGAAUAAAUUUUAGUAUAUUUUUGGGGUGUGCGUGUGUGUGAGUGAGCGAGAGUGUGCGUGCCGGCGCGCGCGCGCCCUUGCAAUUCCAAAAUUAAUGGCCAUGAGUUCUUUCUUGAUCAACUCCAACUAUGUGGACCCCAAAUUCCCACCAUGCGAAGAAUAUUCCCAGCACGAUUACCUUCCUAGUCAUUCUCCGGAAUAUUUCAGCGGCCAGAGGCGAGAAGAGAACUCUUUCCAACCCGAGGCGUUGUACCCAGCGCGGUCCGCCUGUAACCAACCAUCCUAUCCUCCAUGUCAGGGCACUGGGCACCAAGCAUCGGUCCUAUCUCCCAGGAGCCAGCAUGUCCAUGCUCCAGCUGGACUUCAAAACCAUCUCUCCGAACCAAACCACACUUGCGAAUCCAUCACGCCAAGCCCACCGCCUUCCUGUAGCCAAAACUCUCUCAACCAAAGCCCGUCCUCUUGCAAAGAACCGGUAGUUUAUCCUUGGAUGAAGAAGGUUCAUGUUAGCACGGUCAACCCUAACUACGCAGGAGGAGAGCCGAAACGUUCCAGAACAGCAUAUACCAGGCAGCAAGUCUUGGAGCUGGAGAAAGAAUUUCACUACAACCGCUACCUCACCCGGAGACGAAGGGUGGAAAUCGCCCACUCCCUUUGCCUGUCCGAACGCCAGAUCAAGAUAUGGUUUCAAAACAGGAGAAUGAAAUGGAAAAAAGACCACAAGUUGCCCAAUACCAAGAUCCGGUCAAAUUCUGCUGCCAACCUGUCGGGGCAAAGCGGGGGAGGAGGUGCCCAGGAUCGAACCAAUGGACCAACUCCUAAUCCCACUACCAAUCUAUAACCGUCCUUUGAACGUGGCGGCCUGCGUGCGUGUGUGUGUGAGAGAGAGAUACUGUGUGUGUGUGUGUGUGCGCGUGUGUGUGCGUGCGUGUGUGUGUGUGCGUGCGCGCGCGCGCUAAGAACUGAUGUGUGAAAGCGAGGGACGCCUUGUGGUAUUAUUAUUCCUGAGGGAAACAUGGGGGCGUUGGGGGAGGGGGCGAGUGGGUGAGUGGACUGGAAACACUAUUUAUAUGAGGGGAGAGGAAACAAAGGAGAAUGAGUUGGGGGGAUGAUAUCGUUUUCCGGAAAGCAGGGUUGUGUUUGGGGGUAGCUAAGCUUCUCUGUUCUAUAGGAGAUGGGGUUUUCAGAUUUGGCUAAGAUGGAUCCCUUUUUCAUCCUUAAUCAAGCCAAACUCGGGCCCAUUUGUCAUGUUUACUCUCGCGUACAAACGAAGGACCUUAUGCCAGCCAUUAGCUCGACAGCUAGAGUCGUCUUUAAUAAAUGAGGUCCGGUUUCACCUAAGGAGAACUGGACUCUCUCGCCCCCCUCCUCUCAUACCCUCCAUUUUCAACCCCCCUCUCGUUCUUCCACCCCCACCAGCCACGAACCCCAGUUUAAAGCCAGACGUUUCCCUAAGGCUUCAGAAAGAUGUUGGCAUCUGUUUAACACAGCUAUAGACAGCAGAGCGAUUGGAAGGCAGAAAUAAAAUUCUCAGAGCACUCUAAGGACUUCCCUGGAUGCUGAAUAUUGUAGUAUUCUAAGUAAGGAGGGGCAUCACUGGGGGGGAGGGGGGAGGGGCACAAAAACAAAAACAAAAAAGACGAACAAGAAAUGCAAUUUUUAAAAAAAUGACUUCAGGUUAAUUACCUAACCUGGAAGACCUGGAAAGCAGAGAAGAGCAGUACAUUUCAGUCUAUAAAGUUGAUUAUGCCAUAAGGCCAUCUGGGUUCCAGUAGCCAUUAAAAAGGGAGGGGGAUCCUUUGUAUAUAAGGAUGCUCCUUCGCUGAUUUCACUCCCAGGUUUGAACUGCAUAUGUGCAUAAAGAUGGAUUUUCAGGAAAUUCCCAUGGGAAGUACGGCGUGAGGAAAGGGAUCUGCGUUUUCUGUGCUUUCUUUCUCUCCCUCCACCUCACUCUCUCCUAUAUAUGACAUUCCGAAAUGGUGUGAUCCCAGAGAACUUUAGGGAGGGGAGAGGAGAAUACCUCUUCCUAUCGUUCCGUAUAAUUACCUCUUGUUGUUUUGUGUGAUAUCUAUAAAAACAUGUAUAUAGCAAAAAUCAAGGUGGAAAACAAAAAGUCCGAAAUAAAACAUUUAUUGCGAAUAAGGUUGUCGGUGUUUUUCAGAAUAUCUGUAAUAACCACGACACUGUUCCUUUGUUCUGAUACCUUGCAGACCCCUUUUUGAAUCCACCAGGUUUUAUUGUCAGUUUCGAAGCCUAUGCUCCCCUAAUGGAAACAAAAGAUGUUUGACCAUAGGGUAUAUCCUCCUUAACUACAGCUAAGCCUUAUAAGGGAUGAUUUAUUUCCUCUAAGCAUGCAUUAAUGUGGUUAAAUUUUGCUUUCAAACUGAUUCAAACUAAAAUAUUGGUUUGAUCGUUAAAUUUCUUCGUGAUAUUAAGACUAUAAAACACCAGCAUGUU